GCGAGCAUGUGUGUGUGUGCGUGCAGGGUAAAGAGAGUGAGCGGGAGAACGAGAGCGAAGGGAAAAGGAACUGUAAGCCAGUCACAGCAUCUCUUUCCCACUGCACCAGUUGGUGAGGGACAGCUCCUCUCUCCAAAAGGUUUCUAUUUAUUUAUUUCGUGCUUCACUCCAGGACUGCUUUGCUGAAUGAAAUUGUAUUUCUGUCUCUUCGGUUAUUCGUUUGGCGAAAGCUGAGUUCGGCUGGGGGAAUGGAAAUUAGAGGAGACGCACACAGAGGACAGCAUUGAAACUGGAACUCUCUGUACUGGCGGAGUCGUUUCUCUUUUGCUGUGGCUUGGUUUUUGUAACAAGGAGCAGACGUACUGAAAGAGGAAGAAAGAGUCAAAAGUCCAGACAGCUGUGCCUCCCCUGAAAAACACCUCCAAAAAAACGUAUUUGAAUGGAACGGGCAUGUAUAUGUACUAAUAAUAUCAAUAAUGGAAACAUGCGCUUAAGAUGCGAGGCUGACGUAAAGAGCUUUCAUCCUAGGCUGUAAACAAGCGGAAUGCAGAUUGAUCCCACAUCCAUCUCAGCCGGCGCCCUGAACAGAAUUUCUAAGGAGACACAGUCCGAGGAGCUCUGAGACAUCCAGAUGUCUUCUACCGGCUCCAGUAUCUAUUGAUCCGAUUGUGUGAGACUCCUGACAACUCCUACAUUCUUUGCCUGAAAGAUCCUCUUUUGCAACCAGCUUUUGCCUCUCAUAACCUGGAGAACGAAAGUUUCAGAAAAGUGCGUGGAUUGGGAUUCCAGAGACCAAAGCCAGAUUUGUGGCUACACACACAUAACAGGAUCCAGAUUAUUCUGCGCCUCCUUUGGCUUCUCUCUGAUUGGGGAACAUUGUAAAACAUAAUUCCCCCGGCGCUCUGUGGAAUGAGAGCUGUGAUAUUAACCACCGCAGAGAGCCCUGUGUUUGUCUAGCGUGUCUGUGUUUUGAUUCGGACAAUAGCGGGGCGUACAUGGGGUCCAGACACUGACCACGGGACCACUCACUACCCCAAAAUAAGAGGAUGUGCAUACUACAAGACUGAGAAACAAUUGCGGCUUGUCUAACAGCAUUUUGGAACUUUAGAGAGGACUUGAGGUAUGAACCAAACACAAUGGCUAACGGGGAUGUAAUUACUCGUAUGAAUUUGGGGUUUUCCCAGUGGAUCUUUCUCUGACAGUAAACAAGCUAUCUGAAAGUCGAAAUUAUACCGACACGCUAAAUGUUUUAAUACUAUUUUCUCUUAUCUAUAGUCUCAAAAUAGGAGUCACAUGCUCCCUGUCUUGUUUAAUCUGCAGUAGGAUCUGCACCAGAGCGCCCUGCCUGCCUGCCUGCCUCAUGUUUCUCCCCCACAUGCCGACUACCCUGCACCUCCUGUGCUUUUUGCCCUUGUGAGGACAACACCUGCUCUCCAUCCCCAGUCUCCCAGUGGCAGCCCUCUUAUGAAUCAGGAGAUGUGGCCGCAGACUGUUAGGGAGAGCAAUGGGGAUCCCUGCCGCCGGGAUAAAUGCCUGGCAUAGCACCGGUAGACCUUUUUCUGUUUUUGGAGGGAAUAUCUUCUUUCGACAAUUACCCCACUGCCUCUAAGCAUGACUGAUCGAAAAAGUAGAGCCAAGUCGGCAGUCCUGCUUUCCUAUGGGCUGUAUUGAUUUUUGUCAGUCAGUGUUCAUUUGAUUGAGACCCAGCUAUGUGAGAGCCGAGGUGAAAGAGCGAGAGAGGCUAGAACUCCCAUUUGCUGAGGGAGGCUACAGGCAGACAGGUCUUCAGUUACAGUCCAUCUGCAUCGUGGUUGGCACAGCACAAACCUGACCCACCUGGACCGCGCCCAGAACAAUGAACCAGUCAGCAUUGACGACAGACCUGGUUCCCACUGCCAACAGCAGUCUGGUGGGCCCAGACCCCAACCACUCCUGUCCCCUGGGCUGGGGCCAGAACGAGGGCCUGGAGGCCUGUGUCUUGGAGACUGCUGUCAUCGUUCUGCUCACGGUGCUCAUCAUUGCCGGGAACCUGACGGUGAUCUUCGUGUUUCACUGCGCCCCCCUGCUACACCACUAUACCACCAGCUACUUCAUCCAGACUAUGGCCUACGCUGACCUGCUGGUGGGCCUCAGCUGCCUGGUGCCCACCCUGUCCCUGCUGCACUACCCGGCCAGCGUCCAGGAGCCCAUCACCUGCCAGGUCUUCAGCUACGUCAUCUCGGUGCUCAAGAGCGUCUCAAUGGCCUGUCUGGCCUGCAUCAGCGUGGAUCGCUACCUGGCCAUCACCAAACCCCUGUCCUACAACCAGCUGGUGACGCCAUGCCGGCUCCGCGGUUGCAUCGCCCUCAUCUGGGUCUACUCCAGCCUGGUCUUUCUGCCCUCUUUCUUUGGCUGGGGCAAGCCGGGUUACCACGGGGACAUCUUUGAGUGGUGCGCCCACUCCUGGCCCACCUCGGCGCUCUUCACAGGCUUUGUGGUAUGCCUACUGUACGCUCCCGCGGCCCUGGUAGUCUGCUUCACCUACUUCCACAUCUUCCGCAUCUGCCAGCAGCACAACCGGGAGAUCAGUGAGAGGCGAGCACGCUUCCCUAGCCAGGAGAUGGAGGCUGGGGAGGGUGGUGGCAGUGGCAGCGGCGGGGGGCACCACGCGGGUCAAGGGCCUGACAGGCGCUACGCCAUGGUGCUAUUCCGCAUCACCAGCGUCUUCUACAUGCUUUGGCUGCCCUACAUAAUCUAUUUCCUGUUGGAGAGCUCCCACGUGCUGGACAGUCCCGCCCUGUCCUUUGUAACAACCUGGUUGGCCAUCAGCAACAGCUUCUGCAACUGCGUCAUCUACAGCCUGUCCAACAGUGUGUUCCGCCUGGGCAUGCGCCGCCUCUCGCAGACACUCUGUUCCUUCAGCCACUGUGCAGCCGACGACAGGGACUUUGGCGAACCCAAGCCCAGGAAGAGGCCAAAGUCCUGCUCCAUCUGAGGCGUUGGAGGAUAUUGUUAGAAAAGCAGCGAAUUUCAAAGGUUACAUCUUUACAAAGCUGACAGGGCUGUCCCAAAGAGAGAGAAUUUAGGCUCAGACGGUUUGUUUUGAAGGAUACCAAUGACUUUUGCCACAGUCAUGCCAAGCCAUGAUUUACAGGCAAACGUUAGAUUGCUGAGAGAGGCUACGUUGUUUUAAAGGUUUACUUUCUGAACAACUAAAUGGAUGAGAGAUUGGUACUACAUUUUGGCUUUAAACCUGUGUAGUGGAGUUUCGCUGUAAACCUACUGUAUGUGCAUCCUUAUGUAAAACCUAAUUUGACCAUGGUUCUCAGGCUUUGAUGUUACAUUUUUUUGUUCCUCGACAGUCGGGUAAAGUUCUUAUAAAAAUACAAAGUUAGAGGUCCUCAAAAUGGAUAAGCACUUUCCUCAAACAUUGAUGGUGACCUCAUGAUUUAAGCAUCUCUGAUUUCAAGGUAAUGUGGACUAAAGUGUAUUGAAUUUAAAUACCAAUAUUGGACUGCUACUAUAGGUCUGUGUUCUUGUUGGGCACUCAAAGGCUGAAUUAGCAUAGACAACAUCAACAUGUAAUCCUCAUUUGCAUUACACUCCCUUUUUAGGAGUUGACAUGGGGUAUGUGUGUGCAAAUGGCUGACUAUUCACUUACUGUACAUGCUCCUGGACAAUGGUGUAAAUAACAGCAGAUGGGCUAGUGGCCUUGACCUGUUAUGACAAACAAAAGUUUUGCGGUGUUUGCAGGCCUGUUAGCAAGCAGUCAGAGUGUUCAAAGACUUUCGGUCAGUCCUAAACAGAGAGAUGGGGCACUCAAUUUGAUGAGUUACUCAAUCUCCUAAAAAAAACACACACACACUAAUGAUUUAGUUUUAUUAGAUAUUUCUAUAUUUUCACGUGUACUAUUUCUUUAAAAAAAAUCUUUGUCAAUGCUUCCUAUAGAGUAGCUGUUUAGGAAGCAGAUCAAGGGAUUGGUUCUGUCCACUAAUGCAUACAUCUCUCUCUUAAUCUUUGGUUGAGUUCAGAAAAAUCUGCUUCACUCUACUUAAAGAUCAGCGUCAUAUGUAUGACUCUGUUCCCUCUGCUUUUCCACGUUAAGUGCAGAGACUGUUCCCUUUUUAGGGCCUUAUUGUACAAAAUACAGUGGGCAUGUGCAGUAAAUGCACCAUGAAGACUGCCUUUAGUUAUGUAUUAUACUGUUUGAUACAGCGCAGGUGAAGUCAUUCCAAGUUUUUCUUGUACAUUCCCAGAAUGGUCCGUUUUUUUUAUAGAUAAUGUAGAAAAAUACAUAAAGUGCAGAUUUUCAGUGAUACCCAAGACUAUUGUGAAAUCCCUCUCUAUUCUUAUGUUGUAGGCCAUUUGAAGUUAGACCUGUGUUGUCAGUGUGUAUUUGACUGUGUGGUAAAAACAAGCAACACGGCGAACUGAACCCUCGAUAUCAUGACUGUUUUUUUUUUGUUCAACAUUAUGCUACUUAACCUGUGUAGUCAUUCCCCGCUUUCCAUUACAGAUUGUUCUGUAUAUGUGCCUAAAGAUAUAUUUUUCUGGAAAAGAUAUCACAGAGAUUUACUUUCUGUUCCAUCUAUACACAGGGACACAGUUCUGGCUGCAUGCCAUUUGCGUUUUGUAACGUGACCUUCAUUUGACUUGACUGAAGAUCCAUCAUGCUUACAUUUGCCGAUACAGUAGGACCAUCUCGUUUCAGCACUUUUCAUGAGCUUAUGAUGAGGUCAGAAGCUUUAAUAUUUGUAGCGCGAUUCAUUAUCAUUUUAGGGGGCAAAUAUAAUCAUAGGGGUUCUGAAUUCUGCCUCAAAAGACUUUAAAAAAGAAAACGUACCCUCCCCAAUGGUUGCUUGAUGUCUGAGAUGACAUCUUCACAUUACUGUAUUUGAUUUAUUUGAUCUUGUGUGAGGUGCAUUUUUCUUAUUUUUUAUCAAAUGGGCCAUAUACAGUGGGAUCUGAAAGUAUUGCCACCCUUGAUAAAGAUGAGCAAAAAAUGACUAUAGAAGGAAUAAUUCAAAUACUGAGCUAUAUUGGAUGCGACAAUGGGGGAAAUAUAUUAUUUUCUAACACUGAGAUGUCCAUUACAAAAAGUUGAUUUAGUGGCAAAUUAUUUAUUUUGGGGGGGAUUUUGAUGUGUGCUUGGGGUUAUUGUGUUGAUGGAAGAUCCGUUUGCGGCCAAGUUUCAGCCUCCUGGCAGAGGCAAUUAGGUUUUUUGCCAAAAUGUCCUGGUGCCGGAUAAAGUUCAUGAUGAUUUUGACCUUAACAAGGGCCCCAGGACCAGUGAAAACAAAAUAGACCCAUAACAUCAAAUAUCCACCACCUUAUUUUACAGUAGGUAGUGCUGAGUGAUUAGUGCUUUUUGAGGUCGGUUGUGUUCCAAUUAUUUUUAAAAGUCAUCACAGUUUUUAAAUAUAAUUUUUUUAGACAAAUGCGCAAUGCAUUGUGGGUUGAAUGAUGUAACAAAGCAGAAUAAAACAAAAAGUCCCAUGAUGGUAGUGACUGCCCGUUACUGCUUAUCACUUAUUAACCAUUUUAUUCAAAUUACUUUAAUAAAAUAUUUCAGUUGUGUAUAUUACAUUUGUUUUAUUUGUUGACUUUAUUAUUUCAUUCCAAGUUAUCAUCUCAUCUCUAUAGAGCUGCUGCCUGACAAAUCACUAUUUUAGUAGUAAUUCAAAUUAAACAAGGCAUACUUUUUUAUGACUGCUGAAUACCAACUAUCAAUCACUUAGAUCAUGUCUUUUCAGGUAGAGAUACAUGCAUCUUUCCCUCUUGAUCGCACGUUCUGUGUUCACCCCAUCUCCGUGUCUGCUCCACAUAGACCGGACAAAUAGGCACGCACGGAAUUGAUUAUGGUCAUUGUAGUUAAUUACCAAGUUUAAACUAUGUAGAAUAUUUGCCUGUUUUGAGCAAAAUGGAAUUCAAAUAAUUGAACCGACGUUGGUCAAUUAGUUGUUUAGAAAACGAAAAAGAAUCCACAUUUUGGUUUAUCGCGCAGCAUAUUAUUUAUAGGGUUCUUUUCUGCUUAUGCAUUCUCAUUUCGACACCAACCCACCAAUGGUGUCCGAGGUCAAAGAGCAAUGUUUUCAUCUGACCAAAGCACUGGUUCCAAUCCAACUGCCAAUACCAUUUAGCAAACUCCAGGUGUUUUACAUUUGUUGGAGGACAUGAAAAUGGAGCUCUUUAGCCACACACACCAGUGGUGGGUUUGGCGUCUAAAUGAGAAUGCAUAAGCAGAAAAUAACCCCAUACCUGCUGUAAAAUAUGGAGGUGGAUCUUUGAUGUUAUGGGGCCACUUAGUUCUCACUGGUCCUGGGGCCCUUGUUAAGGUCAAAGACCGGAGCCAGACAUUUGACAACAAAUGGAACUUCCAGCAAGAAAAUAACCACAGGCACACAUCAAAAACCACAAAGAAAUGUUUAAUUGGCCUCAAAAUCAACAUUUUGUAAUGGCCACAUGGAACGACAGAUACUCCCCCAAGAAAAUCUUAUGGAAGUUUGUUCUGAAGUGUCUGUCCCAUAUCUGAGAUUUACCACCAGGCUACCUACUGCCCCAAAAUAUAUAAGAAAGAUCAGGAAAUGUAUUUAACCCCUUAUUUCUGUCACUAAACA